AUGGCGCUGUGCACAAGUAAACUCGCGCGGGGUUCGAAAAGUUCGAUUUUCUCGGUGAUUUCGCGGAGUUUAAGCCACAAAACCACGGCCAAACCGUGGUAUCAACAUCCGGCAGUGCGGUACAUCUUUGUGGUAAGCGGUGGCCUUCUCGCCUUCACCGCAGCAACGUACAAAACCCGGCCCAAAGUCUACGCCCUGCAGCUCCGCAAGGAUGAAAUCGCGGACAAGGCCAUUAAGCUAACGGCUCGCGAACGGCGCUUCAUCAAGUUCGCCUCGGUCGAGUUCGAUGGACAGAUCUACAUGACGCCGCAAGACUUUUUGGAAUCGGUCGUCGAGCAAGAACCACGACCCCGCCUCAAGAGGAAGUCAUUAACGCAUGCCGAGGUCCAGCAACUCAAGGACUACACUCCACCGUUGAAGCACGGUUCAUCGCAGCUUUUCCGCAGUCUGCGUGACAAAGGCAUCAUAUCUUACACGGAGUAUCUUUUUCUGCUCUCCGUACUGACGAAACCACAUUCAGGUUUUCGCAUCGCUUUCAACAUGUUUGACACGGAUGGUAACCAGCGCGUGGACAAGGAUGAGUUUCUCGUGAUCCGGCAACUGCUCGGAGGAUCGCUGAAGGAUCGUGAUCUUGAUGAAGCCACGCGUAAAGCUCUGCUGCAUCUCGUGUCGACCAGUGCUCAAGCGAAAUUUUUGCUCAAAAACUAUCGCGAGCAGAAACCGAAACAAUCAAUCGGCGAACAGCAGGACCACAUGAAGUCCUCCCCAAACGAAGGCAUGGAGCCACAGCCACCAAACGACAAGAGUAGAAUGAGAAGAUUAAUGGAGAAAAUUUUCAGCUUCGCUUGGAAGGGCAAACGUGGUAUCGAAGCCAAGGAGGGUGAAGAGCCUGGAGAACAUGACGAUUACGUCGACGAUGAGCAGGGGCUGCAGAGGAAGCACAAGGUGGACACGACGCUACAGGUUCACUUUUUUGGCAAAAAAGGCGAUAAAGACCUGCAGUAUGAUGGGUUUUACAACUUUAUGAAGAACCUACAGACCGAAGUACUCGAGCUGGAAUUUUGCGAGUUUUCCAAAGGACACGAGCGCAUCUCGGAGGUAGAUUUUGCGAAGAUUUUACUCCGCUACACGUAUCUGGAUACGGAUGAGUACGAUAAUUAUUUGGACCGUCUGCUGGAUCGAGAGGCGAAGGAAAAGGGCGUUUCUUUCGAUGAGUUCCGUCAGUUUUGCCAGUUUCUUAACAAUCUGGAUGAUUUCUCGAUCGCAAUGCGAAUGUACACUCUUGCCGAUCAGCCCAUCUCCAAAGAUGAGUUUUCCCGAGCGGUUAAGAUUUGUACCGGUUCCGAGCUGAACUCUCAUCUCAUUGAUACUGUGUUCGCCAUUUUCGACGAGGAUGGUGAUGGGCUGCUUUCGUACAAGGAGUUUAUUGCCAUCAUGAAGGAUCGCGUUCACCGCGGAUUCAAAUCCAACGUCAAAUCGGAGGGCUGGGAAGCGUUCAAGCAUUGUCUGAAGCAAGAAAUGAAGCAAAAUGUUUAAGAGCGUCCAAAGGUCAAACUAUCUAUUUCUUCUUCUCUUGUAACUUUACUUCCCUCUUUGAUAUUCUACUACCAGUGGUUUCUACUAGAAAAAAAAACACAAUAUCUUAGGCAAAUUCGGUGCCAUAAACUACGACUAUCCGAUCUCUUCCUUCCCCCCAUCGUGAUGCGCACGAAAACGAACCAUACGGCUCGUUGGUGGUUGCCACCGUAUGUUAAAAAAAAGAUAUGUUACGAACAACAAGGCUCAGCCAUCAACGCAUGCACAUGAUUUUACUUAAUUUAGAAAAAAAUGCGCUUCUUAUCAUUACGAUCGACAUGGUUGUAAAAAAAACGAGAUUCUUUUCUUGUUAUCUAACUUCUCUUUGGUAAGAGAGCAAUUUUAACGUUUCAUUAUACUAAUCUCUCGCUGAUUGGAUUGUUUGGCGAUCCUUUUAAAGAAAGGCUACUUAGCUUCAAAAGCAUACGUUGUUGUUUGUUGCGAAAUGAAAAGGAUCCAUGGAUCACUAAACUGUUUGUUACUCUAGCAAAUCGUGGUGUUACUUACCUAUUUAUUUAAAUUAAUCACCAUAUGCCUUUAGUUGGUCGUUGAGCAAGUGAAAUUCUUUCUUAGUCCGCCCACAAUCUUGCCUUUAACGAUGGCUUUACCUUUGCUUUUAAUGUUCUAUGUUAGAGAAUUCUAUGUUAGAGAAGAGAAUUGUUGUGUCCUGAUGCAUAUGAAAUCGUAGAAUUAAUAACGUAUUAUUCAAGUACGAGUACGACAUCGCUGCGAACACCUAGCGUGUUUCAGCCGGAUUGCAAAACAUACUUUAUAUGAUUUGUAGUGAAAUGCAAAAUGGUAGCUUACCUCUGCGAUGCUAUGAUCUUUAUAAAAAUACCAGCUUAACACAUUUUGUUCACUCAUUUAUUUUUGAAUUAAAUAUUCGGAACGAUUCAAG